UUCACAGCCACCUUGGUUAAAAAAAGUUAUAAUAUUCAGUCUUCUUAAUUAAGCUCGGAGGUGGUUCGGUUAGGUUAGUCCCAGUGUGGGACUAGAUUACAGUGACCAAAUUAGUCCAGCAGAUGGUUGAAUUUCAUCGGACUGGGAAUCUAUGCUGGAGAUGUGAAGCAAGAUGUGUUGGCACAUCAUCGCGAGAAUUUGCACGCAGGAACAAAGCUCACAGAUCUCACUCACUCACUCCGCUGUGAAUUAAUUCCACUACCACUCAUAAAAGUAAACAAAUAUUCUUCUCUCCGCCCACACUCUGAAAGUGAAUAAAUUAGUAUUACUUAAAAGUUGGACAUGUCACCCAUUUUCAAGAAGCUGCGAAAAAGAGUGACAGCCAAAAGUGAAGCUUUUGAAGUGGCAAAAAAAAAAAAUAAGUACGCGUGCGACAUGUGCAAUGAAACUUUGCCAUGUCCUUCUCGACUUCAAAUUCAUCGAAAACGACACUUGAAUGUGAAGGAAUUCGCUUGUGACAAGUGCAGCAAAACGUUUGUCACAGAGAGUAAUCUGACAAGUCAUCAGUUGACCCAUUCCGAUGAGAGAAAGUUUGCGUGUGUACUUUGUGGGUUAAAGUUUAAAAGAAAUUCUGAUGUCCUUCGGCACAUGAGGGUACAACAUCCCGGAUCCAGCCAGAUUGAAAAAACAAGGAUUAGGCGGAAAAACUUUUACGAAGAUUUCGAAAUAGAGACUACUGGUGAUGAAUUGGUGGCGACGUGCAUAACUUGCAAGUUCUUGGCGAGUAAUCAGAUGUCGAUGCAAAAUCAUACAAGGAGAGGACAUGUCGCCAUUCCCACACACGUUUACGCAGACGGUGAUGGUUGCAAAAUUGUUCCGAGAGCAUUUAAACCUGAAGAUUAUUAUGAGAGUCAUGGCGGAUUACACAAUAUAAUACUCAAAGUUUGGAUGAAGGACAACACGAUCGGUCUGAGUAUAAGUAAAACUACUUAUGGAAACGGGGUUCUUGCCGCCCAGAAAAACAAGACUGACAUGAAGAGUGCCGGGCGUCACAACACCACGAUGCUGAAGAAGGCUUGCUCGUCGAGGGUCCUCAUCCCAGAAGGAUAUGAGGUUAUUUGUGAGGAUACAAGAGUCGUCCCCAUCCACCCUUUUCAAGGAACUUUGUGCAGUUCGAACGGGAAGUGGUUAGUUCGCAACAUUCUUCAAAAAGUGUGCGUGGACACGUUUAUGCCCCCAGAAUCUCUCACGUAUUUUGAAGAAGAUGAACUCGCCAUCAUCAUCAAAGCAGUGGAAGAGUUGACGAACUCGUUGGUUAUUGGGGACCGUGAACUAGUCUUUAUAGACGAAGCAGAAGAAGGCGACCGACCACUGGGCGAUCCGAUUCUCAGGGCAAAGAUUGAAGAAGGGUCUUCCAAAAUUUGCAAAUUGGAGGAAGACCUGCAUCAGGCCUCGCUUCGUGAAGAAAAGUUGCUCAAGGAGAACGACAAAUUGAGGUCUCAGUUGGAGGAUGAGAAACAAGCUCACAAUGAGACAAAAAAAAUGUUGGUGGCGAUGAAGCGAGAACGAGCUUUGUUGCUGCGUGCAAAUUCUGAAAAGAGGAAUGCGAACCGUGUUCCCCUCUCAAACGCCACCAACUCACCGGUGAAGAGGAAGAAAUGACAUAAUCUUUCUUGAAAUUAUCAUUUUUUGUUGUGUUCAAUCAUUAGACAUAAAUAAAUUGUUGACCAGUUUUCA